AAACAAACAAGUUAUGGCAGUACAGAGGGAGAAAGACUACUUUGUUCUUGAUACCUUGCCAGUGUCCAAUGGAGUCACAGUUUGGGAGAGGGAGGUAGAGACAACUGCCAAAACCCUCUGGAGGAAACACCCGCUGAAGGAAAAAAGACAGAGAGAGGGGGGUGAGAGACAGAGACAGAGAGAAACAUUUGCCUAGUAUAAUUCGAGGAGCCUUGACACCAGACCUGGACAGAAUGUACUUACAUUCAACCAGUAGGAAAACAAAGAGAUGUUUCCCUGUGCUCUGCCUCCCUCCUUUGCUGAUGUUUCUCUCUCUGCUUGUGUCACUUAGGGCUCCUAUGCCUUGUUUGCUUCCUUGUCCAGAUAACAUGACUUUUGUUCUCUGCAGCAUCUUUAUAUGGUAAACAGGGAGUGAGGAUGGUCCAGGAGUUUUUGUGGUGGAGCAGGUCAAGUUCAGCUUUCAGCAGGUGGAACAGCUCAGCAACUUUAGGUAACUCUGGACCAGUCAGUGUGAUGGACAUUCUCAACCUGUGGAAUGAAGACCCGGAGGAGGUUCUCCUAGACCUUGGCUUCGGCUGUGAGGAACCUGACCUACCUGGACGCAUCCCAGCUCGAUUCGUCAGUCAUCAGUCUCAGGCAAGAGGAAUAAACCUCCAGGUGUUUUUAGAGGCCCAGAAGAAUCGGCUAGACCUGGAGAACCCAGAUGUCAGCAAUCGUUUUAGGCAACUCAAAGUUCUCCAGCAGGUAACUACAGCAUUCUCCUCCUUGAUGGGGUCUUCCUCCUCCUCAUUCUCUCUCAGAGCACUGCUGGGAAAAGACCUGCCUUCUGAGGCCUGGGAGAGGAGGAGAACCAUGGGCAUGCUGUUUAGACGAGCAUCAAAGAAGUUAUUCAGUCAAAUCCACAGCCAUAAAACCCAGGACCUAACAACACCUACUGCUAUCUGUUCUUCUUGUGCUGCCAUUGAGUCACUGCAACCUCCACCCAGCCUUGGAGACAAGAAAUUCCCCUUAAAAAGAUCCAAACCUGGACUUCUGGAGACUGUGUGUCUGAGUCCGCUGGCAGAGGAGCAAGGAACUGGUCCAGACCCUCAGCCCCAGCCUCAGGUGGUUUCUUUCAUAGGCCGGGAUGGAGCACUCAGACCUUGGCCCCUGAGGGAAGGUCACCCCUUGACAGCCAACACUUUUUUACAGAAGAAGAAGAGCCCAGGGCAAGCCAGCGAAUCAUUUGAAAUGGAAGAGUGCGAGGUGUUAUACGGACCAACAGCUGCCAGUCAGAGCGCAGUGGAUUUCUAGAAGAGCCCUUCCUCCUGUCUCUCCAUCAGCAGGCAUCACCAGGACCUGAUCUCAUCAAGUACUCUUUGGGUGAUUUGGAGGAGAUGAUGCUGUGUCUUCACCAGUUUUGCUCUGUGUUCAGCAACAUGGAGGAGCAGCUCUCUGAAAACCAGGCUGCAGUUUACAGUGCUCUCUCUGACCAGGACAGGGAGAAAGUUUGGGAUAUUGAAGAGCUGAGGCGAGCAGUGAAACAGGGGGCUAGAGAGCUGGAGAUGCAAUUGAAUGAACUGUCCCAUUAUUUUGAUGACAGCUUGAAAAUGGUAACACACUCAGUUACAAUAACACACUCAUACCUGUUUGCUGGGAGAGUAGUCCCUAUGGAAAAUAUGUGUGAUCAGACACUGAUGCCAUCGGCACAAAAAUGCAACUUGAUAAAGUGUUGAUGUAGUUUAGUCCUGUAAACGACAAUGGCUGAAUUUGAUUGUCUUGAUUGUCUGAACUUUUGCUGGGCAUAAGCUUCCAAUGCAGAUCAGUUAAAGUGUAACAUAAUACUAUUAAUUAUUGAACAGUAUAUCAAUAUUCUGAUACCAUAGUAAUGGAUCCUUGAAGCUACAAUCUUCAUAGAACCAAUAUUACAAAAGUGUUGAAAGAGGAGGACUUUCCUACUCCCUGGACCCCUUCCAGAGUUAGAAAUAACAAGUUUAUGGGUGUCCUGGUAGCUUGGCAUUUUGUCCUGAGGCUGGCACUAGAGGAAAGUUAGUAGAAUAUCCAAGAUGAAGAGAGUUCAUCCCCUGGGGAACAUGAAUGAGCUCAGCUAAUUGGCAUUAAAGGAACUGCUCUAAGCUGGUUUAAGUCCCAUUUAU